AUGGAGGGCCAGAGCUCGAGCUUAUUCCCGAUCGGCAGGUUGAGCUCCAAUGCCACUACAUUUUCAGAAACAAGCAAGUUUGACGUGCAAUUUGCCAGUGCCCAAGCAGGUGGGAUGUGCCCGAACUGGCUGUAUGGCCAUGUGGCUGAUGCCAUGAACUGUGGCUUGUCGUCCAUCGUGUGUGGCUGCAGAGAAUGCAGAGGUUGGUGCAAUGAAUCGAAGCGAGACAGUGGCGGGUCAUCUUGCCGGUCAGCAAGCGGCCUGAUGGUCACGGCAUCAGCAAUACGAGGGCAAAAUCCACCGCAUGGCCCAAUCGGGUGUACGGCAGCCGUUUCACAAGCUGCAGGAGAUUCCGGUUUACAGAGAGAGGCCCAAAGCCAAGGUAAGAUUGAUUUCCAGCCGUUGGUGAGGUCUUGGACAUUGAUCCAGUCAAUUUGCAGCACCGAAAAGCGUGGGGCUGGGGACAGGAUCAGCGACACGUAA